GCGGGCGCCUGCCCGCCCGCACAAGCCACGGCGGACUCUCCAGAGGCGGAACCGCAGCGCCGAGUGAGAGUCAGCUUGAAAAGGAGGAUCAAGCUCAAGACGGAGUCUCCAUGGAGGUGUGGAGCCUGGUCACCAACCUCUAACUGCAGAACUGGGAUGUGGAGCUGGAAGUACCUCCUCUUGGCUGUGCUGGUCACAGCCACACUCUGCACUGCCAGGCCAGCCCCGACCUUGCCCGAACAAGCCCAGCCCUGGGGAGCCCCUGUGGAAGUGGAGUCCUUCCUGGUCCACCCUGGUGACCUGCUACAGCUUCGCUGUCGGCUGCGGGACGAUGUCCAGAGCAUCAACUGGCUGCGGGACGGGGUGCAGCUGGUGGAGAGCAACCGUACCCGCAUCACAGGGGAGGAGGUGGAGGUGCGGGACUCGGUGCCUGCUGACUCCGGCCUCUACGCUUGCGUGACCAGCAGCCCCUCGGGCAGCGACACCACCUACUUCUCCGUCAAUGUCUCAGAUGCUCUCCCCUCCUCGGAGGACGACGACGAUGAUGAUGACUCCUCUUCAGAGGAGAAAGAGACAGAUAACACCAAACCAAACCGUAUGCCCGUGGCUCCAUACUGGACAUCCCCAGAAAAGAUGGAAAAGAAAUUGCACGCGGUGCCAGCUGCCAAGACUGUGAAGUUCAAAUGUCCUUCUAGUGGGACUCCUAACCCCACGCUGCGCUGGUUGAAAAAUGGCAAAGAAUUCAAACCUGACCACAGGAUUGGAGGCUAUAAGGUCCGUUACGCCACCUGGAGCAUCAUAAUGGACUCCGUAGUGCCUUCUGAUAAGGGCAACUACACCUGCAUUGUGGAGAAUGAGUAUGGCAGCAUUAACCACACCUACCAGCUCGACGUCGUGGAGCGGUCCCCUCACCGGCCCAUCCUGCAGGCGGGGUUGCCUGCCAACAAGACAGUGGCCCUGGGCAGCAAUGUGGAGUUCAUGUGUAAGGUGUACAGUGACCCACAGCCCCAUAUCCAGUGGCUAAAGCACAUCGAGGUGAAUGGGAGUAAGAUUGGUCCAGACAACCUGCCUUAUGUCCAGAUCUUGAAGACUGCCGGAGUUAACACCACCGACAAAGAGAUGGAAGUGCUUCACUUAAGGAAUGUCUCCUUUGAGGACGCGGGGGAGUAUACGUGCUUGGCGGGUAACUCUAUCGGACUGUCCCAUCACUCUGCAUGGUUGACCGUUUUGGAAGCCCUGGAAGAGAGGCCGGCGGUGAUGACCUCGCCCCUGUACCUGGAGAUCAUCAUCUACUGCACGGGGGCCUUCCUCAUCUCCUGCAUGGUGGGGUCUGUCAUCAUCUACAAAAUGAAGAGUGGCACCAAGAAGAGCGACUUCCACAGCCAGAUGGCCGUGCACAAGCUGGCCAAGAGCAUCCCUCUGCGCAGACAGGUAACAGUGUCGGCUGAUUCUAGUGCCUCCAUGAACUCUGGGGUUCUGCUGGUUCGGCCCUCACGUCUCUCCUCUAGCGGAACCCCCAUGUUGGCUGGGGUCUCUGAAUAUGAGCUUCCUGAAGACCCACGCUGGGAGCUGCCUCGAGACAGGCUGGUUUUAGGCAAACCCCUGGGAGAGGGCUGCUUUGGGCAGGUGGUGUUGGCAGAGGCCAUCGGGCUGGACAAGGACAAACCCAACCGUGUGACCAAAGUGGCUGUGAAGAUGUUGAAGUCGGACGCAACAGAGAAAGACCUGUCAGACCUGAUCUCAGAAAUGGAGAUGAUGAAGAUGAUCGGGAAGCACAAGAACAUCAUCAACCUGCUGGGGGCCUGCACGCAGGACGGUCCUUUGUACGUCAUCGUGGAGUAUGCCUCCAAAGGCAACCUACGGGAAUACCUGCAGGCCCGGCGGCCCCCGGGGCUGGAGUACUGUUAUAACCCCAGCCACAACCCAGAGGAGCAGCUCUCUUCCAAGGACCUGGUCUCCUGCGCCUAUCAGGUGGCCCGAGGCAUGGAGUAUCUCGCCUCCAAGAAGUGCAUACACCGAGACCUGGCCGCCAGGAACGUCCUGGUGACAGAGGACAACGUGAUGAAGAUCGCAGACUUCGGCCUUGCUCGGGACAUCCACCAUAUCGACUACUAUAAAAAGACAACCAAUGGCCGGCUCCCUGUGAAGUGGAUGGCACCCGAGGCCUUGUUUGACCGGAUCUACACCCACCAGAGUGACGUCUGGUCUUUUGGGGUGCUCCUGUGGGAAAUCUUCACUCUGGGAGGCUCCCCGUAUCCUGGCGUGCCUGUGGAGGAGCUUUUCAAGCUGCUGAAGGAGGGUCAUCGAAUGGACAAGCCCAGUAACUGCACCAAUGAGCUAUACAUGAUGAUGCGGGAUUGCUGGCAUGCAGUACCCUCUCAGAGACCUACCUUCAAGCAGCUGGUGGAAGACCUGGACCGCAUUGUGGCCUUGACCUCCAACCAGGAGUAUCUGGACCUGUCAAUGCCCCUGGACCAAUACUCUCCCAGCUUUCCCGACACCCGAAGCUCUACCUGCUCCUCAGGGGAGGAUUCCGUCUUCUCUCAUGAGCCGUUGCCUGAGGAGCCCUGUCUGCCCCGACACCCAGCCCAGCUUGCCAAUGGCGGACUCAAACGGCGCUGACUAGCACCCCAGUUCCCAUCCCCCAACUCCAUCGUCAGCUGUAACCCUCACCCACCCCUCCCUGCGGGACUCACUGCCUUCCCCUCUGCCCCUUUCCUGCUGGCAGGAGCCGGCUGCCUACCUGAGGCCUUCACCCCAUGGAGUUCACCUCUCUUCCUCCUCCUCGCAACCUGCUUGUGAGAGAGAGGAGCAGAGAGAGGCAGGUACUUGCUCAUGGCCACUUCGUUCCCUCCCAGAUGUUGGACCAAGACCCUCCCCACCACCUGGCACUGCCUGGAGGGCCGGGGAGUGGGAGAUGAGCAGGCGUGCAGGCGAGAGCUGACUGAGCUUUCCCACGUUGGUUUUGUCUGCUUCGAAUAACCCGUAAGCCUGAGUUCCGGUGGCAGGGGCCUCAUCCUCAUGGCCACCACGGUAGUGAGGGGAGGUCCGUGCUCCGGGCCUCGGCUGAAGGCAACCUCUGCUCCAGAUAGGUGGUGCCAGUGGCUUAUUAAUUCCGAUACUAAUUCGCUUUGCUGACCAAAUACCUGGUACCAGAGGAUGGGGAGGCAAAGGCUGGGAGCAGUGUCGUGGCCCUGGGGCCCAGCCCCAAACUGGGGGCUUUGUACAUAGCUAUGAAGAAAACACAAAGUGUAUAAAUCUGAGUAUAUAUUUACAUGUCUUUUUAAAAGGGUCGUUACCAGAGAUUUACCCAUUGGGUAAGAUGCUCCUGGUGGCUGGGAGGCAUCAGUUGCUAUAUAUUAAAAACAAAGAAAAAAGAAAAAAAAGGAAAAUGUUUUUAAAAAGGUCAUAUAUUUUUUGCUACUUUUGCUGUUUUAUUUUUUUAAAUUAUGUUCUAAACCUAUUUUCAGUUUAGGUCCCUCAAUAAAAAUUGCUGCUGCUUCA